GGUAAAGAGUAGAGGGCUUUCAUUUUAGGUAAGAAAAAAUAAGUCAUAGAGCCUAAGAACAAACCUUAGUUAAAAAAAAAUCAGAUCAAUUCUGUGAACGCAAGACACCAUGGCUCCUUGGGCAAUGACCACCGUGGAGCGUUAUGGUGUAGUCAAGUGGAACUUUGCUGGCAGUGGUGAGAAUCAGCUUUCUCUGGAAGUAGGAGAUACAGUCUACAUCCAGGAGGCUUGUGAUGGAUGGUACAGAGGGUACCUGGCCAGAAACAAAGCCCACCAGGGUGUGUUUCCUGCCAGUUUUGUGCACCUGAGGGAGACCAUUGUACAACAACGCGGAGAUGAGGAAGUGGUGCUGUCUGCAGAGAUGCCUCUGGUGAAGGAGGUGACCACCACGCUGAGGGAGUGGGGAAGCAUAUGGAAGCAACUCUUUGUGGCCAACAAGGAGCUGCGUGUGAAGCAGGUGCAGAGGCUGAUGUGGGAGCUGAUGGAGUGGCGUUCCCAGCUCCUCUCUGGAACAUUGCCUACUGAUGAAUUCAAGGAACUCAAGCAGAAAGUCAUCACCAAGAUCGAUUAUGGAAACAAAAUUUUGGAGCUGGACCAGGUCGUCCGAGAUGAGCACGGGAAUAUCCUGGACCCGGAACGGGCCAGCGUCAUUAGCCUCUUCCGGGCCCACGAGGAGGCCUCUGCUAUGAUCAAGGAGCGUAUAAAAGAGGAGCUGUCCAACGUUCAGACGGAACACAGCGGCUUCUCGGCCCGGAUCCAGUCGUCGCCUACGUACAGCCUCUACGUCUUUGUCAGGAACUUUGUGUGUCGCGUGGGAGAGGAUUCAGAACUCUUCAUGUCCCUCUACGACCCCAUCAAGCAGACCAUUAUUAGUGAGAACUAUCUGAUCAGGUGGGGCAGCAAAGGAUUCCCCAAAGAGAUUGACAUGCUCAACAACCUGAAGGUUGUCUUUACAGAUCUAGGGAAUAAGGACCUAAGCAGGGACAAGAUUUACCUGAUCUGUCAGAUAGUCCGAGUGGGCAGAAUGGACUUGAAGGAAACCAACAAGAAGUGCACUCAAGGUCUCAGACGGCCUUUUGGAGUGGCAGUGAUGGACAUCAGUGACAUCAUCAAAGGGAAGGUUGAAUGCGACGAGAAGCAGUUUUUCAUCCCCUUCGCUCCGGUUGUCACCGAGAACGACUUUCUACACACCUUUUUGAACAAAGUGACGACGUCCCGGGGAGACAGCGGAGGCCAAGGACUGUGGGUGACCAUGAAGGCGCUGGUAGGCAACAUCGUUCAGACUCGCAAGGAAUACCCUCACCUGGUGGACCGCAGCACUGUGGUGGCGCGCAAGCUGGGCUUCCCCGAGAUCAUCAUGCCCGGAGACAUUCGCAACGACAUCUACCUCACCCUGCAGGGCGGAGACUUCGACAAGUAUAACAAGACCACGCAGAAAAACGUAGAGGUCAUCAUGUGUGUUUGCGACGAGGAGGGCAAGAUCAUACAGAACUCCAUCUGUGUCGGAGCUGGCGAUAAGCCAUCGAGUGAAUACCGAUCAGUCAUCUACUACCAAGUCAAACAACCCCGCUGGAUGGAGACUUUUAAGGUGGCUGUCCCUCUGGAGGAAAUGCACAGAAUCCAUCUUCGCUUCAUGUUCAGACACAGAUCCUCUCAAGAGUCUAAAGACAAGAGUGAGAAGAAGUUUUCCAUGUCCUUUGUACGUCUGAUGAAAGAUGAUGGGACGGUUCUGAAGGAUGGACUUCAUGACCUUGUGGUCUUCAAGGGGGACAGCAAGCGCAUGGAGGAUGUGAAUUCUUACUUGUCCUUGCCCUCCACCCGCCACCACCAUGGGGACCUCCACAAGGGGGGACUGAACCGAAGCACCAGCAAUGUGAGCGGGGGCGGCGGGGGCCUGUCAGUCAGCUCCAGAGACAGUUUCACCAUUUCCACCUUGGUCUGCUCCACCAAGCUCACCCAGAAUGUGGGCCUGCUGGGGCUUCUUAAAUGGCGGACUCGACCCGAACUCCUGCGAGAAAACUUAAAGGAACUGAAGCUCAUCGACGGCGAGGAGGUGGUCAAGUUCCUGCAGGACACGCUGGACGCUCUGUUCAACAUCAUGAUGGAACACUCUCAGACGGACGACUACGACAUCCUCGUGUUCGAUGCCUUGAUCUACAUAAUAAGUCUCAUCGCAGACAGGAAGUUCCAGCAUUUCAACACAGUGUUGGAGGCCUACAUCAAGCAGCAUUUCAGUGCCACUUUAGCCUACAAAAAGUUGAUGUUGGUGCUGAAGAGAUACCUGGACGUCUCCAGUCGAGGAGAACGGUGCGAGGCAAUCCUCCGAACUCUGAAAGCUUUGGAGUACAUCUUCAAGUUCAUCGUCCGCUCACGAAUUCUCUACUCCCAGCUCUACGAGGGCAACGAGCAGGCAGAGUUUGAGGAGUCGCUGAGGAAGCUUUUUGAGUCCAUCAACAGCCUGAUGAGGACGGACUUCACCACCACACUACUGCUGCGGGUUGCUGCCCUGAAGUAUCUGCCAACAGUGCUGCAUGAUGUUGAGAAAGUCUUUGAUGCCAAACUGCUAAGUCAGUUGCUGCGUGACUUUUACUCCUGCAUCCCGCCUGAGAAACUGCAGAAUCAGAAGGUGACCUCGAUGACUGAAAUUGUCGGCGGCCAACUUUUCCAGCGCCAAGCGUGUCGAGAUGUGUUGUUGCCAAUGAUGCUGCGAGAGCUGAGCAGAACUUUAGCCACCAUGUCUGACGGGCCGCACGAUGAGAGGAAGAAAAGUCUGGAGUUACUCAACAACAUUCUGGAGGUCCUGAGCAGAGACAAUGUGGGAGAGACAUUUCAACACAUCCAGGACAUCGUGGUGUCUCUGCUGAGGAUCAUCAACCAGACAGUCAUCACCAUGGGCCGCGAGCAUGCUCUAAUUUCCCGGGUGGUGGCCUGCAUGACAGCCAUCCUCAGUCAGAUGGACGACCGCCAUUACUCCACAUACAUCGACACCUUCACUCGGAGCUGCGAUCUUGUGGAUUUUUUAAUGGAGUCCUUCCUGCUUUUCAAAGACCUGAUAGGCAAGCACGUGUACCCGUCUGACUGGAUGGCCAUGAUCAUGGUGCAGAACAGGGUGUUCCUCAGAGCCAUCAACACCUACGCUGACACCAUGAAUAAAAAGUUCCUCAAUAACGACGACUUUGAAGUACAGCUGUGGAAUAACUACUUCCACUUGGCGGUGGCGUUCAUUACCCAGGAGUCUUUGCAGCUGCAACACUUCUCGCCCACAAAGAGGAACAAGACCCUCGCCAAAUACGGAGACAUGAGGAGACUCAUUGGCUUUGCUAUACGGGACAUUUGGUUCAAACUGGGCAGCCAUAAGAUCUGUUUCAUCCCUGGCAUGGUGGGUCCCAUCCUGGAGAUGACUUUGAUCCCGGAGGAGGAGUUGAGGAGGGCCACCAUCCCUAUUUUCUUUGACAUGAUCACCUGUGAACAUGCACACUCUGGCAAUUUCUACAAGUUCGAGAACGAGAUCAUUCUCAAGUUGGACCACGAGGUGGAAGGUGGAGGCGGAGACGAGCGAUACAUGCAACUACUGGAAACCAUUCUGCUGGACUGUGCCACAGAGAAGCCCAGUUUGAAGCCUCAGGUGCAGCACUUUGUUUCUUUGGUGAAAGGACUCAUCGUUCGUCUCCUUGACUACCGCACCGUGAUGAGGGACGACAGCCGCAACAACCGCAUGAGCUGCACCGUCAACCUUUUGAAUUUCUACAAGGACAUCAACCGAGAAGCAAUGUACAUCAGGUAUCUUUACAAGUUGCGAGACCUUCACCUGGAGGGUGAGAACUACACCGAGGCGGCGUACACGCUGCUGCUGCACUCCCGCCUGCUCAAGUGGUCCGAUGACAUGUGCAGCCCCCAGUUUGAGUUCCACGGCUCCCAGACGCAGCGGCAGCUGAAAGAAACGCUCUACGACACCAUCAUCGACUACUUCGACAUGGGGAAGAUGUGGGAAGAAUCCAUUACUCUGUGCAAGGAACUCGCUGACCAGUACGAGAACGAGAUCUUUGACUACGAGCUACUCAGCAAGAGACUGGAGAAACAAGCAAAGUUCUACGAGAACAUAAUGAAGAUACUGAGGCCCAAGCCGGACUACUUUGCAGUUGGAUACUACGGGCAGGGCUACCCUCCAUUUCUCAGGAACAAGGUGUUCAUCCACCGAGGUAAAGAGUACGAGCGCAGAGAGGACUUCCAGAACCAUCUCAUGAGUCAGUUCCCCAGCGCCGUGCGCCUCAACACCACCACCAUGCCGGGGGACGACAUCUGCAACUCUCCCCUGCAGUAUAUUCAGUGUUUCACCGUGCAGCCCGUGCUAGAGAUCCCUCCCCGCCUGAAGAACAAACCCGUCCCGGACCAGAUCAUCAACUUCUACAAGUCCAACUACGUGCAGCGGUUCCGCUAUUCCAGACCCGUGAGGAAAGGACCCGUGGACCCGAACAACGAGUUUGCUUCUAUGUGGAUCGAGCGCACAACCUUCACCACCGUCUAUAAGUUGCCGGGCAUCCUGCGCUGGUUCGAGGCCAUUGACAUGCAACAUACCACCUUGUCCCCGUUGGAGAACGCCAUAGAAACCAUGGAGUCCACCAACGAGAAGAUCCUCGCUAUGAUCAACCAGUAUCAGGCCGACUGGAGUCUGCCCAUCAACCCUCUCUCUAUGCUGCUCAACGGCAUCGUGGACCCGGCCGUCAUGGGCGGCUUCGCCAAAUACGAGAAGGCUUUCUUCACAGAAGAGUAUGCUGAGCAGCACACGGAGGACAAAGACAAGCUGCUGCGUUUAAAAGACCUCAUCGCGUGGCAGAUGCCGUUGCUUGGCGGAGGUAUCGCUCUCCAUGGCAAGAGAGUGACCGAUGACCUGCGUCCUUUCCACGAGCGCAUGGAGGAAUGUUUCAAAGAGCUGAGGAAGAAAGUGGAGAAGGAAUAUGGAGUGAGAGAGCUGUUGGACCUGGAUGACAGGAAGUCUAAUCGUCCUUGUUCUAUGCUGAGAUCUGUUCGCCAGUCCAUUAUCUCCAUUUCCUCACUGCAGGGCUCGGACUGUGGAACUCCAACAACACUCUCUGUGGACAGAGACUUCCCUCCCGAGUGGUCUUUGGGCAGCACUUUGCCGCGCUCCAGCGGCAGCAUCAGCACGGUGGACGAGGACGUCGUGACGGUGGGCGACUCUGAGGUGAAACUGAGGAAGAGCAAGAAGAAGAAGAAGAGGAGCAGCAUGAUCUUCAUCACGGAGGAGAAGGAGCACACCAACACUCUGGACUACAAACGGCUGUCAAAGAAGCAGGAGUUCCGCAGUGAAACCAACUUGUCGGAUCCAAAUAGUGGAAAUGUGACUUUGAGCUCGGCCAACUCCAGGUCUCUGCCGGCCAUUACAGGUUUGUCUCUGGCGGUGGUGAGCGCAGCAGAGGAAGUAGACGUGUCUGCUGCAGCCAGGAGAGACAGCAAGUCUCUCUCCAUCACCUCAGACCGCACUGCAGACAGACGCUCCAAAGGAGUCAUCGGACUCUUCUUCAAAUCCAAGACUUCCAAGUGUGAGGAUGUGAUGAGCAGCGAUGCAAGCAAAGACCACGUCAAUCAUUUCUGACAGCCAUUAUUUGUUUUUUUAUUUCUCUGUGCAUCACCCGGGAGUUUGAAUGCACUCUUGCUGGAUGUCUUCAAUAAUUCAAUGUGGCUGUCGGUGCAAUGACCUUUACUCGCCUCUUUAGCUAAAUGCCGUCUUGGAGCUCUCCCAUCCGUUUGCUUGAAAAGCCGCACUGGCUCGACUCCAUGAUUACAAUGUUACACACUUUAUUGUGCCAAUAAUGACUUGUUUGCCGUGUCUCCCCAAAAUGACUUGAAACAAAAAUGUCGUUAUUGGCACAGCGAGAUAAAACAGAAUUGAAUAGGAAUUAAAAUAUGGAGAGGAACAAAAAUGUAUUCACAAUAAAGAGGAAAAUGCAAAUGACUUGAAUAAAUCUGAUAACAGUGCACUAAUAAUUAUUUUAUUGGAGACAAUAUAAUAUGCAUUUAAAUUGCUUUAGUGAUGUUUAAAUGUCAAAUAUUCCAAGAGGGAUUUUAUUAUUUUUAAUAAUUUUCUCAGCAUGAGAGGACAUGAACCCAACUGAGGAUUCAAAACUAUUUUUGCACCGAACUCUUUCAUACUGAGAUAUGGAAAAGGAGCACACAAUUAUUUUGAAGUUGGAACGGUUUCAAUCCGAUAAACAAUGUGGGAGUUGUGGAACUCGGAAGAAUGUCCCAUUCUUUUCAAUGGGAAUUUCCCAAAAAUGUGGAAAUUCCGGUAAAAGCAGGAUUUUUUUGGUAAAAUUGGGAAUCUGAUAAGAUUCCCAGAACAUUCCCGAAUAGGCUGAACAGUUUGAAUUUGGAACGGUUUGAAUUGGGUGAAAAAUGUAAAAGGGAGAGCCCACCAAAACCUGGAGAAUAAUAUGAAUAAUAAAUAGAUUAAUUUUGGUGUAGAAAACCAUAUGCCUUGGAGCAUUCACACAAUAAGGAAUCUAACCACAAGGGGGAUUGCAUUCACUUUGGUACUUUGCUACUAUGAUGCCAGCUAGUGGACAACGUGAGUCAUUUCCACUGAAUGAAAGUAUGCACAUUUACUUAUACGACCAAACAACCUUCCCUAGUCAUGGUGCAAAUAAGAAAUAAAUAACCAACACAAAAUGUCCACACUGAACUUUGUGGGUAAUGUCUGAAUUUGCAGGAGCUUUUUCAGAAAGUCGAUUUUUUUUAAUUUUAUGGACGUAUCAUAAAUGUCUUAAGUGUUCCUUGUAGCCUUCCACUCGCAAAGUAC